AUGUCAGUGGCACAGCCUCUUUUUUCCCUCCCAACCAUCAACGACGCCUCUCCUUUACUCCAAUCUGUUGCAGCUCCGAUCCCCUCUGCUUCCGCCGUCGUCGGCUUCGACUGUGGCGCCUUCGUCUUCGGCUCCAGCUGCAUCGCCGACAUCUUCUGCAGUCGGCCGAUUCUUUCGCCAGUGCCACCAUCACCACCGGAAGCAAAGCUCUCCUGGUCCCUCAUCGACAACACAGCUCUUGCCUCCGAAACACCGGCGCCACAGCAGCCUCCAUCUUCGCCAUCAUCCUUCCCUGCAGCCACUUGCACCGCCCUCCUUCAUACCCGAAGCAACCGACACCGCCGACUUCUGCGCAGUGGUUUGAUUGGGUUCUGA